AUGGACGCCAAGCUGAUGGUGGCCACAGAGCUUGGCGAUGUCAAGAAGUUGAAGGGUCUGCUGAACAAGGAGGAUGCCACGGCGGUGGUUGUGGUGACGGCGAUGAGCAAGCCUACUUCCAAGGAGGACCAAUCCCAAGCAAGUAGCAUCAAGCCCAUGCUGCUGGCAUUGUCGCGCGAGGGCUCCUAUGCUGAGAUGGAUAUCUAUCUCGGGUCAACAAUGACACAGGAAUCUCCAGCGAGAGGCAGUAACGCCAAGGGGAAAAGUGCGGCGUCAGCUGCUCGUGAUAUGGAAGAGGGCGUCGACAACCAGUCUGCUUCUUUUGCAGCUCAAGCAUGCCUCAAGGGCGUCACUCCUGAUGGAAAUACUGCACUACAUGAGGUCGCCAGCAACGGGGAUGGCCACGAUUUUUUGAUGUGUGUGGACAUCAUCUGCAGCUUGGACAGCGGCCUCCUGUUUGCGAAGAAUCACAAGGGUGACACACCCUUGCAUUGUGGUGCCCGAGCUGGGAACUCCAAUAUGGUAUCUCAUCUCCUUGAUCUAGCUGCACGUGAGGGUGCUGACAAGAAGCUCAAUCUCUUGAGAGCGGAGAAUAACCUUAUGGAGACGGCCCUGCACGAGGCUGUCCGAAAUGAAGAUGGUCGACUUCUGGGACGUCAUGAGUUAGCAUCGCCUGAUGCAGAUCGUAAAAAGAAGAAUGGUGGUAGCAAUAAACCAGAAGAAAAGAGCAUAGUCAAGCUGCUCAUGGGUGCUGAUCCCGAAUUGGCUAAUCAUCCUGCAGACGGCAUUUCACCGUUUUACCUAGCUAUCUUGCUGGAGAAGAGUACGAUUGCACUCACUCUGUAUGAUAUGAGUGCUGGCAAUCUCUCAUAUGCCGGACCAAAUGGACAAAAUGCCUUGCAUGUUGCUCUUCUUCGAGACAGAGAUAUAGUGAUGAUACAGCUCCUACUGCAUUGGAACACGAGCCUUAUUACACAGGUGGACAAUGAUGGGAGUACGCCGCUUCACUUUGCUUCAUCGAUCUGCUUUCGGACUUCCUGGUAUUUGCGUGUUGAACUCCUCCGCAAGCUCCCUUGGUGUCGCUUCGUACGGGUUCAGCGGAUAUUCGUGAAACUACUUGAGGCGAGCCAAGAAGCAGUGUAUCUGGCAGACAAUAAGGGUUUUUUCCCCAUACAUGUGGCUGCCUCUGUAGGUUCCAUAGGUGCCGUAAAAUGUUUCCUUCAUAACCGUCCGGAUACUGCUGGAUUGCGCGACGCUAAAGGAAGGACGUUCCUUCAUGUUGCUGUGGAGAAAGAGAUGCUGAAAUUGGUCUCCUUUGUAUGCCUAACUCCAUCUGUAGAUUGGAUUCUGAAUAUGCAAGACAAUGAUGGGAACACUGCGUUGCACUUGGCUAUCCACGCCCGGGGCUUUAGGAUGUUCUGUGCUCUAUUGGGAAAUCGGAAGGUGAAUUUGAAUCUAACAAAUAACCACUGGGAGACUGCCCUUGAUCUAUCCAGAAGUAAGCUUCCGCGCGCAAUGGCCUAUGGUGGGAACUCUGAUAUUAAAAUAUGCUACGCCUUGCGGUCUGUUUGGGCAAACCAAGGGAUCCUUCGCUGGGAUAUGACAGAGGAAAAGUACAGUCGCCGUGUAAGGCCUGAGGACGAGGGCAAAGAAUCAGAUAGGCUGAAAGAUGCAACACAGAUGCUUACCGUUGCUUCAGUCCUAAUAGCAGCCAUCGCUUUCAGUGCAGCUUUUGCCCUUCCAGGGGGUUACAUAGCCGAUGACCACACAAAUGGUGGCACGCCAACACUUGCUGGGGGGUAUAUUUUUGACGCGUUUAUUAUGGCCACCACAUUAGCUUUCAUCUGCUCCUCGUUAGCUACCGCUGGUUUCAUGUUCGCUGGAACUCCCAUGGUUAAUUUGGUCACCCGCAGAGUCAACUUCAGCGUGUCCCUGUUUUUCAUGUCCAGUUCACUCACAUGCAUGUCGGUUGCUUUCGCACUGGGCGUCUUUAUGAUGCUAGCGCCGGUUGCUCGUGGUACUGCUGUUGCGAUCUGUCUUAUUACUCCUGCAGUAUUGCUGAUGACAAACAUGGGUAAUUAUUUGAAAUGGGCGAUUCUUGCACGACCAUUGUGUAUUAGGAAAGGGCUAUUCUUAGCGAUCACACAGAUAGUAUGCUGCAACGUGCGCACAGCCUUCAUUGCACUUUGGCCAGUCAUAGUUACCUUUGGCUGGGCCGGGUUGGCAAGGAUCCACCAGCUCCGCUAA